AUGCUGGCACCUGUGGGCCAGUGCUUGGGGGGGGCUGUGGCCAGCAAGGCAGUGGCCAGUGUGAUGGUGGCUACCAGUAGCCCCAGCAGCAGGCAGGGAAGAGCCUGGCAGAGCAGCAGCGUGGUGGCCAUCCCUCAGAGCCUGGUGACCAUCCUGCAGAGCAGUCUGGUGGCCAUCCCGCGGGACAGCCCCGCCCCGGAAGUGGCUGUGGCGGCGCGCGGGCGGAAGGCGGAAGUGCGCGAGGGACCCGGGGGGGGGCGGGUGGGAGGUGGUGGUGGCGGCGGCGGUGGUGGUGACCGCGACCCCCCCCACCGACACCGGCUCCGCGCCCGGCGCGAUGGCGGUGACUUAGCCCCGGCCGGGGCCGACGGGACUGCGGCGAUGGAGCCGCCCCGGCCGCGGGAAGCGGGCGACGGAGGUGACAGCUCUGGUGGGAACCAGGACCCCCCCGGGGCUGCGGAGCCCAGCACCUCCUGGAAUGGGAGCUGCCGCCUGCCCGACACUGGCCCCGACGACGACGAGGAGGAAGAGGAAGAAGACAAUGACCACAAGAACCACAGCCGGCGCUUCCCGAGCUGCCGCUGCCGGGGGGAACCGGCCACCGGCCCCGAGCGGGACAGAUCCUGCAGCCUCGGCUGCCCCAGCCCGGCCAGCACUGCUGCGGGGCCACCGGCGGAGGACGGCGAGGAGGAUGGAGCUGGGAAGGGGACACGGAGGCCGCGGCGGCGGCAGCGACAUCGCUCUGCCCCAAAGGAGAAGGAGGAUGGCAGCCGGCGGCAGCGGCCGACACGGAAGCGGAGCCGCGGGGAUGGGGCGGAGGCGGUGGCCAGCGGCCGUGGGCCGGUAGCCCAGGCGCUGUCCCAGGCGCGCAGGUUGGCGGCUGAGGCCGGUGAGCGGCUCCUGUGCUCCCGUUGCCGCCUCGGUGCCGGCGGGCUGGGCUGGGCGCAGGCUGGCGUGCGGAGCUGGGGCCGGCGUGUGGGGCAGCGGGCGCGGAGCGGGUCCCUGCGGGCGGCCCGGUGGCUGCGCGGCGCGGCCGAGCUGCUGCUGCGGCUGCUCUGGAUGCUGGGCGCGCUGCUCCUGCUGCUCCUCAUGCUCCUGCUUGGCUGCCUGCGGCUCUGCUGGCGCCUCGGCACUGACGCACUGGCCGCCGGCACCGAGCGGCUCAGCCGGAGCCAGCGCGUGGCACAGCUCCUGGCGCUCCUGGACGCAGCCGCGCUCCGCAGGACGUGGGAGCGGCUCAGGGAGAGCCCCGGGGGCCACCGGCUCAGAGACUGGCUGCGACGAGCCCCGCCAUGGGCGGCCGAGGCGGCUGCAAUGGGCGAUACCGUGGCCACCGACUCGCGGGAGGAGGUUGCCCGCUUGCUGGCUCUGGCGGAGAUGCCGGAAGAGGAGCUGAACCCCUUCCAAGUGCUCGGCGUGGAGGCAACGGCGUCGGACGCGGAGCUGCGGAAGUCCUAUCGCCGACUCGCCGUGCUGGUCCACCCGGAUAAGAACGAGCACCCGAGGGCGGAGGCGGCGUUCAAGGUGCUGCGGGCGGCCUGGGACGUGGUCAGCAGCCCUGAGAGGAGGAGGGAAUACGAGAUGAAGCAGAUGGCGGAGAGCGAGCUGUCGCGCUCCAUGGGCGCCUUCCUGAGCCGCCUGCAGGACGACCUGAGGGAGGCCAUGAACACCAUGGGCUGCAGCAAGUGCCAGGGCAAGCACAGGAGGGUCGAGGUGUCCCGGGACCCGCUGCGCGCCCGGUACUGCGGCGAGUGCGCGGCGCUGCACCCCGCCGAGGAGGGCGACUUCUGGGCCGAGUCCAGUCUGCUGGGGCUGCGCAUCACCUACUUCGCCCGCAUGGACGGCAAAGUCUACGACAUCACUGAGUGGGCCGGGUGCCAGCGCGUGGGCAUCGCGCCGGACACGCACCGCGUUCCCUACCACAUCUCCUUCGGCUCCCGCGGUGCCGGACCGGCCGGCCGGCAGAGAAGCGCCUCCAAAGGUGCCCCCCCCUCGGCAGCUGACUUGCAGGAAUUCUUCAGCCGCGUCUUCCAGGGGCGCCCGGGGGGGACGAUGCCGGGAGGGUCCUUCCCGACGCCCCCCACCACCCCCGGGGACGUCCCCCGCACCGAGGGCGCCGGCCCCAAGGCCGAGGGGCGACCCCGCAGGCGGAAGAGGCCGCGGCGGCCGCUGCAGCGCUGAGGACCCCCUUCCCAGCGCCAAAGGGCUCCCAAUAAAAUCUAUUUUUC